AUGGAUCUUCUUACACCAUCGUCAUUGGUGGUAUUUGCAGUGAUUGGAGUACUUGCAGUUGCAUGGUAUCCAAUCUUGUUUACAACUUAUAUUACAUUUAUCUUCUCGGCUAUUGCAUUGAGCGAUGUCAUUAUGACAAUGUGCAUCCCUGUAUUACUAGUAUCACGUAACUUGUUUAGAAAGAUUACAAAUUCAAUAUCUCAUUAUGGAUGGCCAUUAAUAACACUUGCAUUUGAAGCAUUGGGUAGAAAUAAAUUGGUGUUUACAGGAGAGGAUAUUGUAUUACAUCAAAGUCAUAAUAAUGGAAGCGAUAGAAACGCAUUGGUAUUGAUUAAUCAUACGUAUCAUUGUGAUUGGUUGCUGGCAUUUAGUUUGGGUGAAAGAACGGGUCGUAUUGGAAACAUCAAGAUUGCCAUGAAGAGUGUCAUUAAAUACAUUCCAUUUGUCGGUGUUGGUAUUUGGGCCAUGGGAUUCAUCUUUUUAUCGAGAAAGUGGCAAGACGACCGCCACAAGAUUGCACGGGCCUACAGCCAUCUCAAAAAUGAUGGUGAGCCAUUUUGGUUUGUCACACAUCCCGAAGGCAGCAGAUUCAACGAAAAGAAUCUACAGGCGUCACAAGAGUUUGCAAAGUCGCGUCCUCAAGAAGUACCCUUGUUAAAGAAUAUUUUGGUGCCCCGUGUCAAGGGGUUCUCGUCGGCAGUCAUUUCAAUGAAGGGUGCAGUCGACGCAGUCUAUGACUUGACAGUCGCCUAUAAGCGUCAUCCAGCCAGUUUCUUUGCACUCUUUUACGGCAACAAACCCACUGAAAUUCACAUUCAUCUCAGACGAUUCCCAAUCGCCAGUGUCCCAGUCGACCAAGGUGACCACGAGAUUGGCAAUUGGUUGUACCAACGAUACACUGAAAAGGAUGAAUUACUACAACAUUUCAAGGACAAGGGUCAUUUCCCAGGUCAGUCACUUGCACAUCUCAAUCGAUUCAAUUGGAGAAAAUAUAUAGUCAAUCUAGUUUGUUGUUUUAUGGUUGCUGUUUCAAUGGCAACCCCAGGUUUAUACGGAAUUGCCAACACAAUGGAUCAUAGUUACAUGGUUACAUUUGGUAUCUUUGUUGGUGAAAAAUUUGGACCGCUCCUAGAACUUGGACAAUAUACACCUCAAAAUGAUUCAGAAACAUCAUGCGUAGUGGAUGAUAUAUUCUAUCAUUUUGAAUUAGAUAGUUUCCCAUUCAUGAUUGGUGUGCAAUCACUUUCCGGUUCACAUGGCUUUGUCAUCUCGUACAGCGAUGGUACCAACCAAGGUAUCCUCUACCAGUCUGAUUUGCACCAUCAAUACUGGGGUUCGGCCAAUGACGCUGUCGGCGGAGUGGUCUAUGUCUUUUCAAUGGACCUUAGCUCGGAUAACGCUAUUGUCACUAGAUUCUCUAUGGUUGCCAAGGUUGCCCAAACAAGUGUACUCCCAAGCACAUUUGCAAGCCUUACCGGUGCUGUAUUUGGUGCCGAUGGCAACAUCAAUGGUAUUGCAUUUAAUUUCAAUGACCUGGAAAUCGACCUCUUCCAAUACGCUCCACAACAAAGUCAACUCACCAUCUAUUCGCACAUCUACCACCUUGCACCAGGUAUCGAGAUCUUGAAUAAGUUGGGCCUGCAGUCCUCCAUGUCUGGAACAAGCCUUACCACCAGACUCUGGGUCGGCAAACCAGAAGAAGACACCCUCUUGGUCACCUAUGACAUUAUCUCUGGCACCCCAUCUACCGUGAGCCUCCAAAAUAUAGUUGUGUCUUUUAACUAUGUUUAA